GCUGUCAGGCCUUCUCACGCCUCCUCACUCCUUUAGGCGGGGGGCGGCUCCAGCGCGGGGUCUGGGCCUCUGACUUGAGCCGGACUCCCUUGUGAAGGGCGAAAGCAGCCCCGCGGGAAGCGGUUAAAGUUGCGGAGGGGUUGCGAGAUGGGCGUUCUCCCCCCCAGGCUGGCCUAAUGGUGCGGCCCUGAACUGGUCCGGGAGCCGGCCCGACGUGUCGGCGAGAGAGGCCCCGGAGGGGGCGGGGAGGUGGCCCCCGGAACGCGGGUUCUGUGAAGAGACGUGAGGAAGAUUCGAUUCCGAGGAGACGAGCUCGCUUGAAAGGGAGCGAGGGCGCUGAGUUGGGGGGCUACCAAGAUGGCGACGGCCUCCUCUGGGCCGUCGACGACCGCGUAUUCGCUCGCGGAUUCCUGCAACACCUCGUCCGCAGCAUCUGCAGUCAGGAGACCCAUGGCAGCUGAGGUUCCUUGUGCUUCUGGCAUGCCCAUUAAGAAAAUAGGCCACCGGAGUGUUGAUUCCACAGGAGAAACAACAUAUAAAAAGACAACCUCAUCAGCCUUGAAAGGUGCCAUCCAAUUAGGCAUUACUCACACUGUGGGGAGCCUAAGUACCAAACCAGAACGGGAUGUCCUCAUGCAAGAUUUCUACGUGGUGGAGAGUAUAUUCUUCCCCAGCGAAGGGAGUAAUCUGACUCCUGCUCAUCACUACAAUGACUUUCGUUUUAAGACAUAUGCACCCGUUGCCUUCCGCUACUUUCGGGAGCUAUUUGGCAUCCGGCCCGAUGAUUACUUGUACUCUCUUUGCAGUGAGCCUCUGAUUGAACUCUGCAACUCUGGGGCCAGCGGCUCCCUUUUCUACGUAUCCAGUGACGAUGAAUUCAUCAUUAAGACGGUCCAGCAUAAAGAAGCGGAGUUUCUCCAGAAGCUGCUUCCGGGAUACUACAUGAACCUCAACCAGAACCCUCGGACAUUGCUGCCUAAGUUCUAUGGAUUGUACUGUGUGCAGGCAGGUGGUAAGAACAUUCGAAUUGUAGUGAUGAACAAUCUCUUGCCACGAUCAGUCAAAAUGCAUGUCAAAUAUGACCUGAAGGGCUCAACCUACAAACGGCGGGCUUCUCAAAAAGAACGAGACAAGCCUCUCCCUACCCUAAAAGACCUGGACUUCAUACAAGACAUACCUGAUGGUCUGUUUUUGGAUGCUGACAUGUACAAUGCUCUGUGUAAGACCCUGCAGCGUGACUGUUUGGUACUUCAGAGCUUCAAGAUAAUGGACUACAGCCUUUUGGUAUCCGUCCACAACACAGAUCAUGCACAACGAGAAGCAGUAGGCAGUGAAGCACAGAAUUCAACUGACACUCGAAGACCAGCCCCCCAAAAGGCUCUGUAUUCCACAGCCAUGGAAUCCAUCCAAGGCGAGGCUCGACGGGGCGGCACGAUGGAAACUGAUGACCAUAUGGGUGGCAUCCCUGCCCGGAAUAAUAAAGGGGAAAGGUUACUGCUUUAUAUUGGCAUCAUUGACAUUCUACAGUCGUACAGGUUUAUUAAGAAGUUGGAGCACUCUUGGAAAGCUCUGGUACACGAUGGGGACACCGUGUCAGUGCAUCGCCCAGGCUUCUAUGCUGAACGGUUCCAGCGCUUCAUGUGCAACACAGUGUUCAAGAAGAUCCCCUUGAAGCCUUCUCCUUCCAAAAAGUUUCGGUCUGGAGCAUCUUUCUCUCGGCGAGCAGGCUCCAGCGGCAACUCCUACUGCCAGCCAGCAGUCUCUGGGGAACACAAGGCCCAAGUGACCACAAAGGCGGAAGUGGAGCCAGGGGUCCCCCUCGGUCGCCCGGAUGUUUUACCUCAGACUCCACCUAUGGAAGAAACCAAUGAGGAGUCGUUUAUUUCGGACCCCAGCUGCACACCUGUAGCUGGACAGGAUUUGCACAUGCUAGCUGCAAGUUCAUCCCUCCUGGAAAAGCUUGAAAUUACAGAGUCAGAGUUCUCCCAUUGAGCGUAAAGCCUCAGCAAACCUGGAAUAAGACUUCACCACCUCUAUGGCCCCAGCAGUGCUGAGUUUCUUCUUGAUCAUCGAAAGAAAGAGGAGUGUCAUGGAGUCCAGAGGAGCUUGCUCCCUCGCGCUCUCCUGCCUGAAGAAGAAUCUCCUCUCCCCCUCCUCCUCCUCGUGAAUGGGCACCAGUGCCUUGGACAGUUGAGGACAGCAGCUCUCCUCUUCGCCAGAGCGGGUGACAUGCAUUUCCAACUGGCUCGUGUUGGCUUCCACGACUGAUUGUUCCAACCCUCUUGUGUGUACGGGAAGUGGGGUGCCAGACUUGGUUUUCUUCCCCCUCAUCCACUGUUCACCAGGAGGUGGACUCCUAACCCCUCAGGACAGACUGGCUGGCACAUUAUCCUAUCUUAGCUCUUUCCCGAAGAAUCCCUGCAAUCUUCAGAAAGGUUUUUGGUGGCAUGAAGGUCUUUAACCACCUCCAAACCUUUAUUUAUUUUACUUAAAAAAUUUUUUCUUAAAGGAAAAAAAAAGUGCACAGCACACAUUUCAACUGAAGACUAUUUCAGAUCAAAAGUAUCAGAGAGCUGAGUAUGUGUGUUCACAGGACCCCCUUCGAAGAGCCCGGUGUUCAGGAAGCGGAAGUGUGGUAUUUGCUCUGCCAGGAGCCUUUCUCCUUUCUUGCCUCUCUGGAUGGAUUUGUUAGGGCUGAAGGAAUGGAGAGAGUGGGACCUGGGGUAAUUUUUACCCCUUUUGUUAAAACAAUGGGGCUAAGAAAUAGCUCCCUUUCUAGGCAGGACCUUAGUAACUGCCAAGCCAUCAUGAUUAUUACUGUUUUGCGAUUUGAAAUGUAUUCUGCUUGUUUUUCUAAAUAUAAAGACUUAUCAAAGGAAUUGUACAGCCUCUCCAAAGGAGAUCUCCUCUUUGUUCUUCCCCUUUUGUUCCCACAGUGUUCUGCUGUUUGUGAAGCUGAGGGGGAGGGACACCUGUGUCAGUGGAGCAGGCAGUCCAGAUUUUAUGAAGUGCGAGACUAUUUUCUUAAACUCGUGGGGAGCCAGCAGACUCUUGCCUUGGGUGAGGUCAGUGCUCUGCCACAUGCCCUGUCCCCUCUCUUUGUGCAGAAAAGGUUAAAAUGGGUUAAGUAAAUCCUCUCCAAAGGUGGUGGUCCUUCAUCAGGUGGACCCGCCCACUUUGGUCAGGAAGAGCGGGGGGCCAUGGCACCUCAGGCAGAUUACUGAGCUCCCAUAUUAUCCUCUGUCUCCCCACCCUGCCUUGACAUAGGUUAGUCUGUACCCUGAGUAACUGUCUAUAUUAGACACCUCCAGCCAGUUUCUGGCUGCCUGUCUUUGCUGCCGUGUUCUUUUUUACAAGAAGGAAAGAAACAGUUCUUGCUAUUUUUUUUUCAUAAUGUACUAUUUAUGAUGUAUUUAAGUGUUUCAUUCAGGACAGAGUUCUGUAGGAGUGGGAGGGAAUAUGUGAGGGAGGACUGGGUCUUAGGGAAGGGAAUGAAGUAUCAAAAUUUUUAUGAAAUGUCACUAUUUGCCUCUUUGUAUUGUUCAGAAAUGGCAAAUGCAAUAUAAGUGAUAAAUAUCUGGUUUUAAUGUAUUAAACUUUUAUCAGUUAUUUAGA